UUUAAAAAAAAUUGAAAAAAAAAAGGAAAUUCCUGAAACCAAAUGCAAGUAUAUUCAAUUUCAAACUAUUUGACCAGGAAUCCCAACGGCUCCUAUGGCAGCCAGAAAUGUGUUCCUUUUUGACUCCUAAAACAAACCCUAACUACCUUACCAUCUUUGCUCCACUCUUUAACACUCUUUUAACAACUUGUAUUUUACUUCUUUCUUUCUUUAUUAAUAACCGUUGGAGCGUAAGGCCUUUCUCUACUCUCAAAUCCCAUAGAAAAGAUAAACAAAAAUGGUGACGAGCACAGAAACCUCUGUUUCUUGUACCAACUCUACUGACGCCAUGGCCAAUUCGACUGGUUCUUCUUCUUCUUCUUCUUCUACAACUACUACUUCUCUGAAGCGGAAACGACCCCCAAUGAUUGCAAUCCCAAACGUCUUGCAGGAAAUUCAAGUCGAUAGGCUCCAAGAUCGAUUGCCGCAUAACAAUGCCAUUUCUGUCGAUGGUGUUGGAGUCGGGGUUUUCUCACUCAAAGGCAAGAAAAAAUUCAUGGAAGAUACUCACAAGAUUGUAACUUCUUUACAAGGAAACUCCAAAAAAAGCUUUUUUGGGGUUUAUGAUGGACAUGGCGGUAAGAAGGCAGCGGAAUUUGUCGCGAAGAAUUUGCACAAUAAUAUUCUUGAAAUGAUGGAGAAUUGUAUGGAGAAGGAAGAGGCUGUUAGAGCUGGGUAUCUAAGGACAGACCAGGAUUUCUUGAAGCAGGGUAUAGGUAGUGGCGCCUGUUGCGUCACAGCCUUGAUUGAUGGGCAGGAGGUUGUUAUUUCGAACUUGGGAGAUUGCCGGGCCGUUCUUUCUAGAGAUGGAGUAGCCGAAGCUCUUACAAAAGAUCACCGGGCUGAACAGGAAGAUGAACGAAAAAGAAUAGAGAAAAAGGGUGGAUACGUGGAGAUCCAUCAUGGAGCAUGGAGAGUCCAUGGGAUACUUUCUGUUUCUAGAAGCAUUGGAGAUGCUCAUUUGAAGGAUUGGGUUUUGGCUGAACCUGAUACAAAAAUCCUGCAGCUGACUUCAGACAUGGAAUUUCUUGUUUUAGCCUCAGAUGGACUGUGGGAAGAGGUUGGCAACCAAGAAGCCGUUGAUCUCGUGAAACGAUUAUGCCCAGUUGAGAAAAAUUUGGGAUCCUCUUUAGAUUGUCUGACAAGUAAUGAUGAUGACCAUGGAUGUGUUAACAUUAGUCCUUCAUCAAAGUUACGGAGGAUUUCUUUGGUUAAGCAACCCAAAGGGAUGAGUCAGUCUCCAAUCUACAAGAGGACCUUUAAUAGCUGGAAAGAUUGUGAAAAUAUAUUUGUCAGUGAAGAUGAAAGUUCUCCAUCCAAGUCACGAAGAAUAUUACUGGCCAAGCAAAUCAAGACAAAGAUUGAAUCUCCCACUAAAGAGAAUGGUGACCAUAAGAAGAGACAUACAUCUGGUGGACUCAUGGAUGAAUCCUCAGGAGAUUCCCCGAACGAUAAUGCUGACAACUAUUGCCGUGUCAGUGUGAGUCCAUUACGGAGGAUUUUGCUACCAAGAGGGAUAGGUGAAUCUCCAAUCUACAAGACCCUUGGUGGCUGGAAAGAUAGUGAAAAUGAAAGUCCUCCAUUGAAGUCGCAAAGAUUAUCAUUGGUCAAGCGAGUCAACACAAAGAUUGAAUCCCCCACUAAAGAGAACAGUGGCUAUAGGACGACACCUGCCUCUGUUGGACUUGUGGAUGCUUGUAAGGAGCUUGCGAACCUUGCUGUGUCUAGGGGUAGUUUGGAUGAUAUUACUGUGAUGAUAAUUGAUCUAAAACAUUUUGGGAGCAAAAGCACGUGUGGUGGGUUAGCCUAGACCUGAUGACUAGAAGUCUUGCUGUGGUAGUGCACUUUUCUUGUGUAUAUAGGAAAGGAACCCCUGCGAUGCAGGGUCUAAGUCUUGAAUUGUGGAUGCUUAUGCAGAAAGCUUACUGAUUAGAUUCUUUAACUACCGAUGUUCCGGAAAGUUUAACUUUUUAUCUUUCUUUCUACUAAAGCUCAAGGAUAGUGCUAGUGAACUCUUUCCUGCAACUGAUUCGGCUUUUGACCAGGACGACCACCACCACUUUCAUUUAGUGCUUCUCCGACCAUUUUGAUGUCAGGACAGAGUGCAUUCAUGUCAGUGUAUCGGACAAAGAUUGCUGGUCAGUGCCGUCUCAUCACCGUCACUUGGUGCAAGAACUUGCUGCUUCAUGGCUUAUCAGUUUCAGUUCAAGGACAAGAUGAAGAAGAGCAGU